UCUGCCUCAUCCCUCCUUCAAAACAAUUCAUUUUUCUGCCUCCCCUCACUAUCACGUUGCACCCGAAACAACAAGUCCGCUGCGCCUCUUUACAUUUUUUUAAAACCACUUGUUCGCAACGUAGGUAUGGCUAGCUCCACCACGAAUAUCAUCUUGCUCUUUGUCAUCUUCGUGGGCCUCGUCGUGUUCAUCAUCCUUUAUAGGAAGUUGAACAGGGAGACCAACGGGGAAUACACCUUCCGGCGUGUCGUCUAUAAGCAAGGGGGGCUCCGGGACCGAGCGAGAAGGGCGACGGCUGUCCUGGAGACCUGCCUAAGAGUCCAACUGUGGCCCUGCGGCGAUUCCAACGAGAGCGGGGAAGAAAUGCGGGACUUUCAGGAGGAGCCGAGUGGAAAUGAGGAGCGGAGGAGGAGGAGUAGAUGUAGCAGCGGGAGCCAGGCCAGUGACAUUGAAGAUGGCAGCCCACAGGGGUCGGGGGUCGAGGCAAGGAGGGAGAGUGAGACCGAAGAGGAAUCACGGGCGCCUGAUGUGUUUGUCAAUUUAAAUCAGCUCUCUGGGAGUGUCAUGUGGUUUGAGGAGGAUGCCAAACAGACAACAGAGCCUCAGAGAGAUACUAGUUUGUAGUUUGAAAAAUGCCAACUUCAAUAAACGCCACACCUCAAAUAAA